AUUCCCAAAUCCACCGCACCCCAGACUCUGUUCUUUCUUCUUCAUUUGUUGGGACCCCAGAUGGGGUUUCGACAGUAACCUUCAACCACACAUCGCUAGUCACUUGGCAGCAUUUCAGCCGUUGGAUCAAAGGAAACUGUCAGUAUUCUUCGCCGUUUAGUGCAGAAGAAUCCACUUUCUUUCCCCCUUUUCUGUAGUGAAUGCUGAAAAGGGGGGGCUGUUUCUUCUCUUCUUCGGUAAUUUUCCUAAGGAUCAACCCCAAUCUCAACGCUUCACUACAGGAGGAUUCACUGUUUACUCCUUUUUUCAGGGUCAAAAGGUCACAGUUUUUCAAGGCAAUGGUUGUUCAUUAUGGAGAAAAUGGAAAUCAAUGGUAGAAAUCCUAAUUUGAAUGGAGAUGGGAACCAUUCUUCAGGUGAUUCAAAGGUUGCCUUAAAUGGCAAGUCUAACGAGACGCCUAUGUUCAUCAACCACGCGGAGAUAGCUUGGCAUGAAAGAAGAAGGGAAUGGGUAGGUGACCAUUCUGAAAAUGUGCAACGAGCACCUAUGGAACCAAUCUUGAGUUGGACAACAACUUAUGCAGAUCUUCUUUUAACUGCAGAGCCUUUUCAGCAGCCUAUUCCUUUAGCUGAAAUGGUGGACUUCUUGGUUGAUAUCUGGCAUGAAGACGGCCUCUAUGAUUAGGCAUUCUCAUAUAAUCUAUCAGAAUUGCUUUUUUCUUCUUUCUUUGCCCCUUUUUUCCAAGGCUUCUAUUCAUUUUUGCUAUUAUCAUUGAACAGAUUUGAUGAUCAGAAUAGAUGGUUCUCUUUUACUCUAUACUGAUUUGUAACUAACAAAGUGGGGAUUUCUAAUUCACGAGUCUUAAAUGCUAUUUGUCAUUGAUUUAACUUGUUAA